CUUAACCAGAGGUCUCGCCCUGUCAUAUUAGUCUCUAAUAUAAACGGGAGACUAGUCGACGAAUUCAGGAAUAGCUGCGCAUCAGCAGAUUCAAAAUGGUGAAACUACUUAUCGUACUCUGUGCUUUGGUCGCGAUAUCAAGUGGCAAACCAUUUGCAGGACGUAAUUACAAAUACAAUGAAAUAAAGGCACUUGAUAUGUUAAUUGAAAGGAUGCAAGGGCGCAACGGACUUCCGCUGCCAUCUGGUUCACCACCACCACCACGCCAUCCAAAACCAUCUGGUUCACCUCCGCCACCACCAUCUGGUUCACCUCCGCCACCACCACCCCCUGGUGGUAAGGACGAUGUCUUGUUGAAAGAGCUUGCGGCCGAUUUACUCGAAGAGAUGAAACGAAUGGGACCGCCACCACCAUCUGGUUCACCUCCGCCACCACCACACCACCCAAAUCCAUCAGGUUCACCACCACCACCACAGCGUAGAAACCCACCUCCGCCACCACCAUCUGGUUCACCUCCGCCACCACCACACCACCCAAAACCAUCAGGUUCACCACCACCACCACAGCGUAGAAACCCACAUCCGCCACCACCAUCUGGUUCACCUCCGCCACCACCACCACCUGGUGGUAAGGACGAUAUCUUGUUGAAAGAACUUGCGGCCGAUUUACUCGAAGAGAUGAAACGCAUGGGACCGCUUCCAAAUCCUCCAAAACCGUCUGGUCCACCUCCACCACUCCCAUCUGGUUCACCUCCACCGCGCCCAUCUGGUUCACCUCCACCACUCCCAUCUGGUUCAUCUCCACCGCGCCCAUCUGGUUCACCUCCACCACUCCCUUCUGGUUCACCUCCACCGCGCCCAUCUGGUUCUCCUUCACCCCCUCCACUGAGGAAAAGCAAUGCAUUGUUGCGUGAGCUAGAAGAGCUGUUUGAACUAGAACAGAACCAUGAUUAAUUUGGAUAAACUGAACUUGUUAUAUGAUCCAUGAAACCCAGGCCGGACUGUACUCAUCUCUAGAUACACCUUUAUAAUUUGUUUGUAAUUUAUACUUAUUUCACUGGUUUUAUAUAUAUAUAUAU